AUGCACGAAGAUGAAAGAAGCCUGAUGCAUGGGGUUGAAGUAAGCCUGAUGCACAUGGGUGAAACAAGCCAUGUCCCAUCUACUCUGUGCACAAAUCAGCCAAUUGAAGUUCCUGAGUUCUCUGACCAACAGCUUGACCAACAGCGGCAAAUGGACGUUGAAGCUACACCUAUUGUGGAUAAGUGCAGGAAUGGGAAAGGGCUCGAAAGACUCACUAAAGAGUUAGGCUCUAAGAUUAUCAUCCAAGUGGCCAAGGGGAAGAAACGCCCGGACAAACCAGCACAGGCUGCAAAGCUUGCAUCCCAGGGUGGGGUCGCUACGAGGCAGCAUCUACCACUCCUUCCCCACUUCAAGGAGUACAAGGCCAAUGGGCAUCAUAUUGACAAUUUCAUUGGAAAAGUUGCUAUCAAUUUUGAUAUGGACACCCGUUCCGAUGCCGUGAAGUAUGCAUGCACUGACAUCCUCAAGACCGCGUUGAAGAAUAGGCGCCACCAUCUCAAGAAGAAGCAUUUUGACAAUGUACCGGCCAAUCUCGUGAGUGUCAAAUCUCCUGAUAAGAAUGUGACAGAUGCGGAGUGGCAAAGGCUGGUCAAGAUGUGGUCUACCCCAAGGCACAAGGAAACCUGUCAGUCAAACAAGGAGAACCGUUCCAAAGUUAAGUUCCAUCAGAAAACUGGUUCUCGCCCCUACAUUUCCCAUGUGCAUGCUUUGAAAGAGGCUCGUAAGGGUGAAGAGUUGACUGUGUUUGAUCUAUUCAAGGAGUGCCACAAUGGCAAGAAGACUGGUUUCUCUGAGCCAGUUAAGAAGGCGAUAGCUGACAUGGAAAAAGCUAUGGAACAAGGGGUACCAGAAGGUGGAGAACCAAAGAAUGUUGCUAUUGUUGUUGCUGACAUUCUCACUAAAGAAUGUCCCUCCAGCACAUUCCUUCAAAGUGUUGGCCUUGAGUCGAGCUCCAAGAAGAAGUUCAACAGAUCUGCAGCUGCUUUGGAUGCUCAUGUACAAGAACUAGAGUACAAGCUUGAGAAGGAGAGGCGAGUCGCUGAGUUGAUGCGAGAGGAGCUUGUUGAGGUCAAGAAGAAAUCAGAGGAGACCGAAGCUGCACGCGCCGCAGAGUACCAGUUGUUACUACAAAGAGUUGAGGCCACCGAUGCUAGAUUUGCGCGUCUCAUGGAUCUGUUCGAAGGUAAAAUAGUUUAGUACGGCGUGGUUGAUGUUGACUUUGGGACUUUUGAUGUUGAGUUGUUUCGACCUGGGGUUGAUGAGUUUCUUUGACUGGACAUGUGAACCACAAUAUGGACCAGAGAUUGGCUGUGGUUUGAUGAUGUUGUGCUUUGGUUGGUGCAUCUUAAUCUUAUGAACAUGGUGUACUGAUACUAAGCUACUGGCUAUGUUAUUUUGGUUGGUGCAUCUUAUGAACUUGUGGUGUAAUGAUACUGUUGGGCCUAAGUUAAUGAAAUC